AUGGCGGAUGCCAUGUGCGCCGGAAUCGGCGGGAGGGAUUGUGCCCUCACAGGGAUAAGAGCAACCAACUGGGCCAGACACAGGCCAGAAGAGCCCAGGUCCUUCAUACCAUACACCGCAACCCCACAAGCGACCGCUCACCCGCCCACUUCAAGGGCCAUGUCACAGGCAAGCUGCGGAGGAGGCCUGGCCAGACCCACAAUGGCUGAUGAACUGGCUCACACUGCACACGGUCUAUCCUUACCAGCGACUGCCGACUUCGCAGCAGAGCAAGGUACUCCCACACAGGGCCGACCACACACUCACACCACGCACAUCCUCCGGUCAAUGGCGGCCCCGACGACGGUCUCACCCAGCAGCCAGCCAUAUCACACAGCGCCCAACCAUCCAUCCUGA